AUAACAGCGUGCAACAUAUCCCUGGUGGUCUAGUGGUUAGGAUUCGGCGCUCUCACCGCCGCGGCCCGGGUUCGAUUCCCGGUCAGGGAACUAGCUUUUUCGUGCUCUAUGAAGGCUACAUGUUGUUUUCCAAUUACACAACUACUUCUACAGGCUGGCACGGAGAGGCUAAACUUCACCUGUUUUUUUUUCUCUGACCCAGUAUAAAAAUAUUGAGUCAUAACCAAAAUUACUGGACUUCGUAGAGCAUUACAGCUAAUCAGCUAAUCAGCAGGACUCACUAAUCUGAAAUGACUGACAGGAUCGAGCCGAUCCAAAGCGGGAUGAAUCUGCACUCCUUUGUUAGCCGCCGCUUACCUGGAGAACCAGCUGAAGUUGUGAUUGCAAACCCUCACGUUUGUCAUGCAGGUAGAGAACACCCACCCGAGGUGUUUUCUGGGUUUGCUGAGCUGCCUAUUCUUGGCUGGUCUCUACGUUGGCAGUUUGUACGUCUGGAGAAGCAGCUCACCAAGGGAUCAUCCCAGUGUGAUAAAGCGUCGCUGUGCUAGUGUGCUGCUGGUCUCUGCAGUGUCACCUGCAGUCGUGAAGACAUGGAUGCACUGGGCUGAUGUCAAGGUCGACGUGUCUGUGUGGGAGUUGAUGGGACUUCGCAUGGACGGUUUGGUUGCUGCAUCCAUAUUACCUUUAUUACUUACUAUAGUUUUUUAUCUCGGCCCACUGGUUCACUCCGCUAUGGACAACCCCAAAGGCUUCACCGGGGAAAUGCAGUGUGCACUGGAUGUUCAGUCAUGGAGGCGGUGUGCGGGGGACGCAGUGUGGCUCAGAAACCAGGUGGUGGCACCAGUGACAGAGGAGCUGGUGUUCAGAGGGGCCAUGCUUCCUAUGUUGGUGCCCUGCACGGGACCCACAGGCGCUAUCGUCACAGCUCCACUGUUCUUUGGAGUUGCUCAUUUCCACCAUGUCAUAGAGGAGCGACGCCUUGGGAAAGAGAGCAUGAGUGUCAUCCUUCUGGUGGCAGGGAUGCAAUUCUUGUACACAACCGUUUUUGGUGCUUUUACUGCCUUUAUAUUCAUAAGAACUGGGCAUGUUGUCGGUCCGGUUUUGUGUCAUUCAUUUUGCAACAGUCAAGGCCUGCCUGACAUCAGCUCUGCCCUGCAACACCCUCAGAGUUCAGCUCUGCUCUUCUUAUAUCUGCUGGGAGGCCUGCUGUUUCUGGUGCUGCUCUUCCCGCUGACAGACCAGUACUUUUAUGGUCCCAUUCCCAUCUGCAGCCUGGCUCCCCUUCCAGCGUCGGUUUGCUGAAUGAAAUCGAAUUAAGUUAAAUGCGCUCCAGCUCUUGAAACUAUCUCCUUCUUUUACUCUGGAUUUCAGUUUGUGAUGUUUCUGUUUUUUGUUUCUUUUUAACAAAACUGAAAAUCUAUGCGUGUAUAUAUGUCUAUGCGUGGGUUGGUCAGCAUGAGAGCAGAAUGAUUAGAGCAGUUUAGACAUUUCCUGCAUGGUCAAAAAUAUUUCCUACUGUAUUGAAACUCAAUGCCAGUACAACUUUCUCUGGUUAAAAGGGAGAAAAAGAUGUGUGUGUGUGUGUGUGUGUGUGUGUGUGUGUGUGUGUGUGUGUGUGUGUGUGUGUGUGUGUGUGUGUGUGUGUGUGUGUGUGUGUGUGUGUGUGUGUGUGUGUGUGUGUGUGUGUGUGUGUGUGUGUGUGUGUGUGUGUGUGUGCACGCAUGGCUGAGAAAAACAGAUGAACUGUGAAAGGGAAGGCAGUAGAAAAAAACACAGGCAGACAGAGAGAUGGAGACAGACACAAACACAGCCGAUGUUGCCAGAAAAUACACAAAGGGAACCAAAGUGAGAGGCACAACUAAAACGUGUGCUAUUAGGACAAAUAAGGCUAUGACAGUCAGACUUGAGCAGUAAAUGCAGAAAGAAGUGAGGGAAAAUGGUUGGAGUGGGCGGAGAAAAGGAAAACGGAGAAAAUAAAGGAGAAAUGUAAAGGAAAAGUGGAGGGGGAAGAAGCUUAAAGUCUUUCCCCAGGGAAACUGAAAAUGUGAAGAAGCAGAAAGGAGGGAGAGGAGGUCAUUCAGGGUCUGUGGAAAUGGUUAAAGGUUGCAUUGGACAAUUAAGAUUUAUGAGUCAGACAGAUGUUUACAAAUUAAAACAGGGGGGUAAAGUCACGCAUGUUUCUGCACAUGUACUACGUGCAUAUCUUAGCAGCUCUUCAGUCAGUAAACUCUGGUCUUGACUAAAGUUUUCUGAAUCCCAUUUCAACUGGUAAGGGGUUUUUUUUAAGCCUUUAUUAGAUGGAAAAGGAGAAAAGUGGGGGAAAUGACACGCAGGAGAUGGUCUGUGGCAGAUAUGAACACAAACAGCCUUUGGCAUAUGGGCUGCCUGUUUAACCACAUGUACAGACGCUCCUGCAGCAAAAAAAGAUCUGAUUUUUGUAGUGUGCCUCUGUACACCACCACAGUGGAUUUUAAAUCAAACAGUCAACAUGUGAUUGAAGCGCAGACUUUCAGCUUUAACUCAAAGGCUUUAACAAACAUAUUAUACUGGCUGUUUAGGAAUUACAGUCAUUUUUUAUAUACAGUUCCCCAUUUUCAGAGGCUCAAAAUGAAUUGGACAGUUGACUCAUAAGCAGGUUCGUGCCACACUGAGGCCUGUUCUCUUGUUAUUUCAUGAUAAAUGUAGCAGAAAUAACACUGGAAGUUGUAUCAAACUGUUUAAUUUGUAACUUUUGAAGUGGCCAAAUCAAAAGUCUGGUACAUUUCUAAAAAGAAUGAAUGCACUGGUUCUCUCAGCAACACCAAAAGACCUGAAAGACCAAAGAAGAUGAAAGUGGAUGAUGACAGAAUUAUUUCUAUGGUUAAGAAAUGGUUAAGAAAAACAACUUUACAAUAUCUAAUAAUGUAAGAAGA